AUGGAAGCAAACAACCCCAUGAAUCCGUUUGAGAAGAAAGAAAGCAAGAGUAAAUCUAAAGGAGACAAGCAGAGUGAAUCUGAUUCAGUGGAAAUACAACCAAUCUUUCCUACGUUAAAAUUCCACGAUGAUGAAACAAGUCCAUUUAUGAGUGGUUUACCACAGAAUCCUUUCGAAAACAACUACAAAAAGUAUAUAAAGAUGUUUGAAAUGCUAUUUGGUGAUAAGGGAACGAUGAUCAAUAGCAAGCAGGAUCAAAUAAAGAGUGAUGUGAUUAAAAAGAAGAUAAGGAUGGAGAAAGAGCAGAUUGAAGCAAGAAAUGAAAUACUUAAAAUGAGAAUUGAAGAUAGCACCAUAUCAAAGAUCGAAAAGAGAAUGAAUAAGAUCAUCAAAUCAAGUAGAUUGAAAGCACAUAAAAUAAUUAUUAUGUAUGAGAGUACCUGGGAAUUGAUUAAACCUGGAAAUAUGAGAAUGAAGGAAGCAAGGAAUAUUACUAUUAAUACAGUUGUAGAUGAAAUACGUAGAAUAGCAACUGCUUGUUCAAUACCAAGCAGAGUAUUCUUAUACAGGCCAAAUAGAAGUGGAUUUAUGAUAGAAAUAUCAAAAGAGAGUGGUAACAAAAUCAAAACAAAAGUAAUAAAAUGA